CCACAAUAAAACCAAACACUAAACUGUUCAGAUCUCAGAUAGUAAUUUAAAUCAACGGCUAGAAAUUCGCCAUUUGUACUUUUAUUACACAACAGAGAAUAACACUAUCUCUCUCCUAUUUGUAACUUAUUUCUCUCUCUCUCUCUACUGUGUUUAGAAAUUGGAAUCUUCUCUCUUAAAAAGGGACCGUACACGUCUCUCUCUAUUUCCAGUACAAAUCGAAAUUCGUAUAAUUUUCUGAGUCCCGUAAUUAUCUCCUCUGUUUCCUUCUCCAAUUCGUCUUCGAAUUCGCCUCUCUGUUUCGUUCGUCGUAGAAGAAGAAGAAGAAUCUCAGGUUUUAGCUUCCAAAAGCUUCGACAAUUUUGAAUUUUGAUCUCAAGAUUGAUCUCAGCAACGAAUUUUACACAGAAGCUUAAGUAUAAUUAGAUUACCCAGAAGUUGUUAAAGGAAUGGUUUUAGUGAACAGCACGGAAAGAUAAGAGAUUUUCCGAUUUUGCUGAUCCAAAAUCUGAAUAGUUGUUGUACUUGUUCAUGUACUUGGAUCAAAUCUGGAAAGAGGAAGUUGGUGGAGCUAGAAGAUAACAAUGUUGGCAUCACAUUUCGAUUCUUUAGUGUCGAAACUGCCUUCGUUAUCGACAUCUGAUCACGCUUCUGUGGUUGCGUUGAAUCUCUUUGUUGCACUUCUUUGUGCUUGUAUUGUUCUUGGUCAUCUUUUGGAGGAGAAUCGAUGGAUGAACGAAUCCAUCACCGCCUUAUUGAUUGGGCUAGGCACUGGUGUUGCCAUUUUGUUGAUUAGUAAAGGAAAAAGUUCACAUCUUCUCGUCUUUAGUGAAGAUCUUUUCUUCAUAUAUCUUUUGCCACCCAUCAUAUUCAAUGCAGGGUUUCAAGUUAAAAAGAAGCAGUUUUUCCGCAAUUUCGUGACUAUUAUGCUUUUCGGUGCUGUUGGGACUAUUAUUUCUUGCACAAUCAUAUCUCUAGGUGUAACACAGUUCUUUAAGAAAUUGGACAUUGGGACCUUUGACUUGGGUGAUUAUCUUGCUAUCGGUGCAAUAUUUGCCGCAACAGAUUCUGUGUGUACACUGCAGGUUCUGAAUCAAGAUGAGACACCUUUGCUUUACAGUCUUGUAUUCGGAGAGGGUGUUGUGAAUGAUGCCACAUCAGUUGUUGUCUUCAACGCGAUUCAGAGUUUUGACCUCACUCACCUAAACCAUGAAGCUGCUUUUCAUCUUCUUGGAAACUUCUUGUAUUUGUUUCUCCUAAGUACCUUGCUUGGUGCUGCAACCGGUUUGAUAAGUGCGUAUGUCAUCAAGAAGUUAUAUUUUGGAAGGCACUCAACAGACCGAGAAGUUGCCCUUAUGAUGCUUAUGGCAUAUCUUUCUUAUAUGCUUGCUGAGCUUUUCGACUUGAGUGGUAUUCUUACUGUGUUUUUCUGUGGUAUUGUGAUGUCCCAUUACACAUGGCACAAUGUAACCGAGAGCUCAAGAAUAACUACAAAGCAUACCUUUGCAACAUUGUCGUUUCUUGCGGAGACAUUUAUUUUCUUGUAUGUUGGAAUGGAUGCCUUGGACAUUGACAAGUGGAGAUCCGUGAGUGACACACCGGGAACAUCAAUCGCAGUGAGCUCAAUCCUAAUGGGUCUGGUCAUGCUUGGAAGAGCAGCAUUCGUCUUUCCGUUAUCGUUUCUAUCUAACCUAGCCAAGAAGAACCAAAGCGAGAAAAUCAAAUUUAACAUGCAGGUUGUGAUUUGGUGGUCUGGUCUCAUGAGAGGUGCUGUAUCUAUGGCUCUUGCAUACAAUAAGUUUACAAGGGCCGGACACACAGAUGUACGUGGGAAUGCAAUCAUGAUCACCAGUACGAUAACCGUCUGUCUUUUUAGCACAGUGGUGUUUGGUAUGCUGACCAAACCGCUCAUAAGCUACCUAUUGCCGCACCAGAACGCCACCACGAGUAUGUUAUCUGAUGACAACACCCCAAAAUCCAUCCAUAUCCCUUUGCUAGACCAAGACUCAUUCAUUGAGCCUUCAGGGAACCACAAUGUGCCUCGGCCUGACAGUAUACGUGGCUUCUUGACACGGCCCACUCGAACCGUGCAUUACUACUGGAGACAAUUUGAUGACUCCUUCAUGCGACCCGUCUUUGGAGGUCGUGGCUUUGUCCCUUUCGUCCCUGGUUCUCCAACUGAGAGAAACCCUCCUGAUCUCAGUAAGGCUUGAGGAAAAUGUGGAAAUAAAGCUUUAAUUUUUGGUAGAAAAGGGUGAUUCAAAUUAUGCUUUUGUGUAAAUUAUCCAUUUGUAAUAUUGUUUGUGAGGACAGAAAUCUGUCCCAACGUUUUGAGAGCAGAAAACAAACAUGGAAACUUUGAAGGGUUUGAUUGACGUAUGUAUAUUCAUAUUUGUUUUGUUGUAACAAAACUAUGCGUUUGUUUAUGUUUUGAA